AAUGAACGGUUGCUCACAAUCUCUCUUGCAGGUAAUGUUUACGUUUAUGCCGAAUCGGUGGGAAAAACAGAACUACUCUGUAAUCAGGAUGGAGAUUUCAUGAGGGGAUACCAGCAAUGUCUUCAGUGCCUAGUCGAGAAUAAUUUAGACGGAAAGGUCGACUCAGAGGUAGUGAUCGAGUUCAAAGAGUUCUUGGACUUCUGCAAGAUACCCCUUGGCUAUGUGUUCACUACUGGGGCUUUUGUUCUACCUGGUCCCAUGACAUCAACAAUGGUCUAUCUCGUGGUACCUUCAGGACAGCGAAUUUCUACACCCGCAUCUACGCCGGCGACGACAAGAAUUAGCACGAAUACAAGUCCGAGUAUACAAUCCUCGAGCGCCACCACGUCAUCUUUGAGCACGGGUGCGCCGACUGACACUGGUGCCAGCAUUAACAAAUCUACUCUCGCUGGGAUCAUAGCAGGCAGUCUGGGAGGAUUAAUUGUCAUUAUGAUUGCCGUUCUGAUCAUUUGGCGCCGAACUCGGGCUCAAAACAAUACAUCGACCGAUUGCGGCGACUCCGGCGAUAAACAUUUCGAAAAGGCUCAACUUCAUUCUGAUUGUGUUCCAAAACCAGUCUUCGAGGCAUCUGAUGGCAUGAUCCACGAGAUUGAAGGCUCGGCAUUGCCUCCAGAAAGUGUUGUCGAGAAGCCUGCGAACGAAGCUCCUGCGCAAGAGCUGCCACCCGAAGGUCUCUCCGAAAAGCCCGCGAAUGAGACUCCCGCCCGGGAUUUUAUAGGAUCAAGAGAGCAGUUUGCUGAAUUGGACAGCACAAAUCCCGAAAACGAAUCGUCUAAGGUAUUGGGUCGGCAAAGCCCUAUAAGCACGUUAAAGGCUGGAACACGAGCGUGA